UCAGAUCCUUCCAGAGCCUCCCACAAAAUCAUACAUAUAUAUAUAUACACAUCUACAAGAAGUAGAAUCAAAGCAAUACCAAGAGUUCAAGAAACAAAAACAAUCAGAAAAAAUAUUUGAAACUAGAGAUCUCAAGAUGGGUUUGGUGGUGAUCAUAUCUCUUCCUAUAAUAUUCUUGUGUCUUCUUCUUGGAUUCGGCUGCUACUUCCUAGGCAAAUCUCGCGGCCGCCGUGAGAUCCGAACUAAUCCACAAGUGUAUGGAGCUCCUGCUCCGCCUCCAGGUGCAAUAGCCGCAUCCUCCUCUCCGCCGUUGUCUCCUCAUCACGCCAAGCCAGACAACAACAACUCUCACAACGUCUAAUACUUUUCUCUCUCAUUGUUCGUCUCUAUUGCUUUUUUGUUGUAUUCAAUGUAAUCUUUUUCUGUAAUUUGUGUAUUUUCCUUUAUCUCUUUGAUGUAAAUAAUAAAGAAAGCCUAGUAUGGUGGUUCCUUAUAAUUUGGUUUGAACAUGAAUUUAAUGAGAAACCGGUCAAUUUCUGUAUGGGAA